AUGAACAGAGCAACAAUAUUCUUAAUAUUUCUCAGCGCCUCCCCGUUGCCGAUUCUCUGUAAACGAGGCGGUUCAGGUGGUUUCUCCGGUGGUGGCGGAGGUUUCAAUCGAGGUUCAAGUGGAGCUCGACAACAAGGUGGCUCUGCGGGAGCAGCCUCUUUACGGGGUUCAGCGUCAAGCUCAAGCAAGACUGCCGCAGUAAAUCCCCCAGCCAGUCAGCAGGGAAACGUGUACUCGAAAUCGUCGGCAAUCAAUUCGAAUCGUCCCGGCAGCUUCCAAUCGGGAGGCAACUCAUUUCAGGGACCUCAAGGCGGCUUCAACAAUCGAAAUGGUAAUGGAGCUUUCAAUAGUGGAGGAAUGAGGCCAGCCGGCGGUGUUAACAACAACAAUUUCCGAAACACAAACACCGGUUGGAACGCUGGUGGAGUGCAGAAUAGAGGUUUCUCUGGAACUGGCAGUGGACUUGGUUCAUCUUCACGAGCGUCCGGCUUCCGAAAUGCGCUUCUUGGCGCUGCUGUGGGUGCUGCUGGAGGCAUUCUCCUCUACGAGGGUACCAAGGCGAUCAUCCGCUCCGCUUCCGAUCCUUUCCAUUACAAUAAUCGCAACUACUAUUGGGGAGAUCAGUACGUUCGCAAUAAUGGAAAUCAAUUCACCUGCAGUGUUCCCUUCGAUACGCUGGCCAAAACCGCAGCUGAUUCAACUCCAGCACCUAUCGCACCUAUCGCUCCAAUAGCAACCGAUUCAAACGGCACUACAACGACUCUCGCCCCAGCCGACGCUAGCAACAAAUUCAAUAACAUUCAAUUCCAAGAUGGCAAUCGCCCAAAGACGGUCUCUUGGAGUUGUCGCACUGGGGCUGAGGUGUGUUGUGGGAUGGACUGUUGCCCUGCUCCUCAAACAAACUCUCAGACGAAAUCCGGUGUCAGCACCACAAUGGGAAUAAUUUUAGGAAUCGUCUUGGCGAUAGUUUUGGGGAUUUGCUGCUGUUGUUGUAUCGCUUUUUUCGCGUGCCCACAUGUUUUCGGUCGUUCAAACGAUCAUCCUCAUUCAAACGAUCAUCCUUCAUCGUAUCAAGGCGCCAAAUAUGAUGACGCUCCUCAAGGCUAUCCAAUGCAAUCAUACGGUAACCAGGGAUAUCCUCAGCAGGGCUAUUCUCAACAGCCCGGCUACCAUCCGAAUCAAGGCUAUCCACAGCAAUAUCCACCAAAUCCUACUUAU